CAGAAAUUAUCUCAAGCGUUGCCAGUUUGAUUCCAGAGCCCCACUCGGCAGUGGACAGAGCGGACCUCUCGGCAGCGGCGUUGUGAGGACUUAGCUGGGACCUGGAAUCUUAUCCUCCUGUAUUUUUUCAGACUCCUUGGAAAUUAAGGAAUGCAAUUCUGCCACCAUGAUGGAAGGAUUGAAAAAACGUACAAGGAAGGCCUUUGGAAUACGGAAGAAAGAAAAGGACACUGAUUCGACGGGUUCACCAGAUAGAGAUGGAAUUCAGCCCAGCCCACAUGAACCACCCUACAAUAACAAAGCAGAGUGUGCGCGUGAAGGAGGAAAAAAAGUUUCGAAGAAAAGCAAUGGGGCACCAAAUGGAUUUUAUGCAGAAAUUGACUGGGAAAGAUACAACUCCCCUGAGCUGGAUGAAGAAGGCUACAGCAUCAGACCCGAGGAACCCGGCUCUACCAAAGGAAAGCACUUUUAUUCUUCGAGCGAAUCGGAAGAGGAAGAAGAGUCCCACAAGAAAUUUAAUAUCAAGAUUAAGCCAUUGCAAUCUAAAGACAUUCUUAAGAAUACUGCAACCGUGGAUGAGCUGAAGGCAUCCAUAGGCAACAUUGCACUUUCCCCAUCACCAGUGAGGAAAAGUCCGAGGCGCAGCCCGGGUGCAAUUAAAAGGAACUUAUCCAGUGAAGAAGUGGCGAGACCCAGGCGUUCCACACCAACGCCAGAACUUGUAAGCAAAAAGCCUACAGAUGACACGGUGGCCCUUGCUCCCCUCUUUGGUCCACCAUUAGAAUCAGCUUUUGAUGAACAGAAGACAGAAGUUCUUUUAGAUCAGCCUGAGAUAUGGGGUUCAGGCCAACCAAUUAAUCCAAGCAUCGAGUCGCCAAAGUUAACAAGGCCUUUUCCCACUGGAACACCUCCACCACUGCCUCCCAAAAAUGUACCAGCCACCCCACCCCGAACAGGCUCCCCGCUCACAGUUGCACCCGGAAAUGACCAGUCAGCCACAGAGGUCAAAAUUGAAAAACUACCAUCAAUCAAUGACUUGGACAGCAUUUUUGGCCCCGUGUUAUCCCCCAAGUCUGUUGCUGUUAAUGCUGAAGAAAAGUGGGUCCAUUUUUCUGAUACGUCCCCGGAACGUAUUACUCCAGAGUUGACUCCAAGGGAAAAGGUGGUGUCCCCACCAGCUGCAUCAGACAACCCAUCUGACUCCCCAGCUCCGGGCCCUCCAGGCCCUCCAGGCCCCCCAGGACCCCCAGGACCCUCUGGUCCUCCUCGCAAUGUACCGUCGCCACUCAAUUUAGAAGAAGUCCAGAAGAAAAUCGCUGAGCAGAGCUUCAUUAAAGAUGAUUACUUAGAAACAAUCUCAUCUCCCAAAGAUUUUGGGUUGGGACAGAGAGCAACCCCACCUCCCCCACCACCACCCACCUACAGGACUGUGGUAUCAUCCCCUGGACCUGGCUCGGGCAGUGGUACGGGGACCACCAGUGGUGCGUCAUCCCCUGCUCGACCAGCCACUCCCUUGGUUCCCUGCAGCAGCACCACCCCUCCGCCGCCACCUCCCCGGCCUCCAUCUCGGCCAAAGCUACCUCCAGGAAAACCUGGAGUUGGAGAUGUGCCCAGACCUUUUAGCCCUCCCAUACAUUCUUCCAGCCCUCCUCCGAUAGCACCCCUUGCCCGAGCUGAAAGUACCUCUUCAAUAUCGUCCACCAAUUCCUUGAGCGCAGCCACCACUCCCACAGUUGAGAAUGAACAGCCUUCCCUCGUUUGGUUUGACAGAGGAAAGUUUUAUUUGACUUUUGAAGGUUCUUCCAGGGGACCCAGCCCCCUAACCAUGGGAGCCCAGGACACCCUCCCUGUUGCAGCAGCAUUUACAGAAACGGUCAAUGCCUACUUCAAAGGAGCAGAUCCAAGCAAAUGUAUUGUGAAGAUUACUGGAGAAAUGGUGCUGUCUUUUCCUGCUGGCAUCACCAGACACUUUGCCAACAACCCAUCGCCAGCUGCUCUGACUUUUCGGGUGAUAAAUUUCAGCAGGUUAGAACACGUCCUGCCAAAUCCCCAACUUCUCUGCUGCGAUAAUACUCAAAAUGAUGCCAAUACCAAGGAAUUCUGGGUGAAUAUGCCAAAUCUGAUGACUCACCUAAAGAAAGUGUCAGAACAAAAACCGCAGGCUACAUAUUAUAAUGUGGACAUGCUCAAAUAUCAGGUGUCCGCCCAGGGCAUUCAGUCCACACCUCUGAACCUGGCCGUGAACUGGCGGUGUGAGCCAGCCAGCACUGACCUGCGCAUAGAUUACAAAUACAAUACGGACGCCAUGACAACGGCCGUAGCCCUCAACAACGUGCAGUUCCUGGUCCCCAUAGAUGGAGGAGUAACCAAGCUCCAGGCCGUGCUCCCACCCGCAGUCUGGAAUGCUGAACAGCAAAGAAUAUUAUGGAAGAUUCCUGAUAUUUCUCAGAAGUCAGAAAAUGGAGGGGUAGGUUCUUUAUUGGCAAGAUUUCAGUUAUCUGAAGGUCCAAGCAAACCCUCCCCACUGGUUGUGCAGUUCACAAGUGAAGGAAGCACCCUUUCCGGAUGUGACAUUGAACUUGUUGGAGCAGGGUAUCGGUUCUCACUCAUCAAGAAAAGGUUUGCUGCAGGAAAAUACUUGGCAGAUAACUAAUAAAAUCUUAUGGAAGGAUUUGGAGGAUUCACAUAAUGGAGAACUGUUGUAUGAGAAACAGGUUUUAAUUUUGGUUUAAUGGAAACCAAAAUCUGCACUUGGGAUAUAUCUGCUGGAAAUGUCCAUGACUUUCAGCUAUG